UUUGCAUGAGGAAUGAUUCCAGGUGCCUGUCAAACUCUUGCCAAAAGAACUCUACAUGUGUUGCUGGUCAUAAAGAUGACCCUUGCCUUUGUGCAGAUGCAUCAGUGGACAGCGUGGAGGAGCUCUGCAACAAAACCUCCAACCCUUGUUCCUCAAAGCCUUGUCUCCGAAACGCUACCUGCCUAAGCUCUGCUGGAAACCUCAGCUUCACCUGCCAGUGCCCUGCUGGGUAUAAUGGACCUACCUGUGAAAGAGCUGACAGUGACUGUGACACCAAUCCAUGUGAGCAUGGAGGCACCUGCCAAAGUGGCCUGGCAGGGCCCACCUGCCUCUGCAGUGCCGGCUACACCGGGAGGCUGUGUGAGAGAGAUUUGGAUGAGUGCGUCUCUGAGCCGUGCCGCAACGGAGCGCUCUGCAGGGAUGGCGUGGAUGAGUAUUUCUGCUACUGUGUCCCAGGCUACCAGGGCAAGCACUGUGACCUGGAAGUGAAUGAAUGUGCCUCAGACCCGUGCCUGAACGGGGCAACGUGCCUCAACCAGAUAGGGCACUAUGACUGCAUCUGUCCCCUUGGCUACACAGGUACGAACUGUGAGGUGGAAAUCGAUGAGUGCUUGUCCCAGCCAUGCCUGAACGGGGGGACCUGCCACAAUUCCCUGGGGAGUUUUUCCUGCUUGUGCAUGCGGGGCUUCCUCGGGGACCUCUGCGACAGCGACAUUGACGAGUGCUCCAGCCAGCCCUGCCUCCAUGGGGGACACUGCAUGGAUGGGGCCAACGGAUACAGCUGCAACUGCACCGGGACUGGAUUUAUGGGCUCGCACUGCGAGACCCUCGCUCCCUUAUGUUGGUCACAACCAUGCUACAACAAUGCCACUUGUGAGGACCUUGCUGACAAUUACACAUGCCACUGUUGGCCAGGGUACGCGGGCUCCCGCUGCGAGCAGGACAUCGGCGAGUGCCGCAGCAGCCCCUGCCUCGCCGGCGGAAUCUGCGUGGAGCGCUCCUGGGCCGGCCACUACGGGCUCGUCCCGGGGCUGCCGUCCGCCUUCCGCUACGAUCGGGCCGAGGGCUACAUCUGCCGCUGCCCGCCGGGCUUCGCCGGUACUCACUGUGAUGAAGAUGUCAACGAAUGUUACACAAACCCUUGCCAAAAUGGUGGGAUCUGUGAGAACUUUCCUGGAAAUUACACUUGCCAUUGCCCACCUGCAGACAAAGAAGGGAUUUUUUAUGGUGGCUGGAACUGUACAGAAGUUCUGCAUGGCUGUAUUGAUCAUCAAUGCCAAAACAAUGGAAUAUGUAUCCCACAUUUAAAAAAUGGCCAACACGGAUUCAGCUGCAUAUGUUCACCGGGGUAUACUGGAAUACACUGUGAAACUGUAACCACAUUUUCUUUUCAAGGAAACAGUUUCCUUUUGUUGAAGAAUCCCCAGACCCAUAAAAAGGAUUUUUUCUAUAAUAUAAACCUGAGGUUUCAAACUGUGCAACCCACAGCUUUUCUGUUUCAACGAGGGGAGAAAAACACCUUUGCAAAGUUGGAAGUACUGAAUGGCUACUUACAGUUAUCCGUGCAAGUCAAUAAUCAGCCACAUGCUCUUUUGCAUAUUCCACAUAAUGUCAGUGAUGGAGAAUGGCAUUCAGUGGAGGUAACCUUGGCAAGAGCUGUUAUUCUUAAUUUGCUUGACAGCUCUUGUGUCGAAUCCUGUCUCAAUAAAACAUCUGCUAAGAUAGAUAACGAGCUGGUGAUGUUUGCAUUUCAGAGCACAUUUUUGGGCGGCUUACCAGUGGGGAACAGCAACUCUCUACAGAACACCUUUAAUACACAUUCUGCACCUUCAUUUGUAGGCUGUCUUCAGGAUAUUGAGAUAGACUUGAAUGUUAUUACUCCAGAGAAUGUAUCAUCUGGGUCAUCUUUAAAUGUCAGGACAGGAUGUGCUAAAAAGGACUGGUGUGUUCCCCACCCGUGCCAGAACAGGGGACGCUGCAUCAACCUGUGGCUGAGCUACCACUGUGACUGCUACCGGCCCUACACAGGGCCAGACUGUGCAACAGAGUACAUUCCAGGCCGGUUUGGAUUCGAGGACUCCUCAGGCUAUGCUGCUUUUCCUGUUGAUUCCAUUCAGAAUGAGAACUUCAUCAUAUCAAUGUUUGUCCGAACACGCAAAUCUUCUGGCUUGUUACUGGCUCUGAGAAACAGUACUUACCUCUACAUGAGAGUCUAUUUGGAAGGUGGAAAACUCACCAUGCUAGCUCUAAAUUCCAUGAAGUUAUUAGGGAAACACUCCGUGAAUGAUGGAAACUUUUACUUAAUAACAUUAAAAAUAGAACCAAAUAAGAUGGAGUUGUUCCAGUCCUCUCACUACCUAGGCUUUAUUUCUACUCCAGCACUAACCAUCCAAAGUAAGGAUAUUCUUUACAUUGGAGGCCUACCAGAUAACACAGAAACUGAUAGAAAUGGCAAGUAUUUCAAAGGCUGUAUCCAAGACGUAAGAGUGAAUAACCAGCCGCUGGAAUUCUUCCCCAUCACCAAUCCACUGAGUUCUACCAACCGAACUCUGAUCAAUGUCACCCAAGGCUGCACUGGUGACAACCUCUGCAAGGUAAGAAUGGCAUUUUUCAGAGCAUUUUCACAUGCUUAUAAUGGGGAAUUUAGUUUAUGUUUUUAUGCCCAACAGUUGAUUCAUACUGAGGUUCUCUCUUCUCUCUCCCCAUAGUCCAACCCUUGUCACAACGGUGGUGUGUGCUAUUCAAUCUGGGAUGACUUCACUUGCACGUGCCCCCCUAACACAGAGGGGAAGGCAUGUGAGGAAGUUAAGUGGUGUGAGCUUGGGCCCUGUCCUCAUGAAGCACAAUGCCAGCUGGUGCACCAAGGAUUUGAAUGUCUUGCUAACGCAGUGUUCAGUGGCCGGAGCAGUGCGAUAUUUUACAGAAGCAAUGGGAAAAUCAGCAGAGACCUCACUAAUAUCGUCUUUGGCUUUCGAACCAGGGACACUGAUGUGAUCCUGCUGUAUGCAGAGAGGGAGCCUGAGUUUGUCAUCAUCAGUAUACACAACUCCAAACUCCUGUUUCAAUUACAAAGUGGCAACAGCUUCUACAGGCUGACCCUUGUGAGUUCAGUGCCUGUGAGUGAUGGCAAAUGGCACCAAGUGAUGGUCUCUAUGGUGGAGCCCCUGUCCCAGUCCUCCAGAUGGCACUUGGAUAUAGACAAGAAAGACAUGGCAACCAGCACAGCUGCUGCAGGAAGCCUCAACUUUUUAAGAGAAGAGACAGACAUCUAUGUGGCUGACAAGGCUUUCGACAGCCUGGAUGGCCUGCGAGGGUGCAUGAGCACCAUAGAAAUCAGUGGCAUUUAUCUCUCAUACUUCGAAAAUGCUGACAUACCUACUAAAAAACCUCAAGAGGAACAAUUUCUCAAAAUAUCUGCAAACCCUGCUCAUACUGGCUGUUUGCAGGUAGAUUUCUGCAGCUCUGAUCCCUGUAUGCAUGGGGGCAUAUGUGAAGACUUGUACACUUCCUACCACUGUGUUUGUCCCAAUGGAUGGACUGGCACCUACUGUGAAGUCAACAUCGAUGAGUGCUCUUCAAACCCCUGCAUCUAUGGGAACUGCACAGACGGGACUGCCUCCUAUGAGUGCAGCUGUGAGCCUGGUUACACCGGGGAGAACUGUGAGGAGGAUAUAGAUGACUGCCGUGGCCACCAGUGCAUGAAUGGGGCCACUUGUGUGGAUGGGAUUAAUGGAUACUCCUGCCUGUGUGCUGCUAACUUCACGGGGAGGUUUUGCAGAUAUCGAAGAUUACCUUACACAGUUUGUGGGAAUGAAGAGAGGAACCUCACGUGUUUCAACUACGGCAACUGCACUGAUCUUGGCAGUGAGCUGACCUGCAUGUGCCUGCCGGGGUUUGUGGGAGAACGGUGUGAGAAGGACAUUGAUGAGUGCAGCUCUGACCCAUGUCUGAACGGGGGCCUCUGCCAGAACCUCCUCAACAAGUUCCACUGCCUGUGUGAUGUGAACUUUGCUGGAGACCGCUGUGAGAUUGAUCUGGCAGCUGACUUGAUCUCGAGCAUAUUCACAGCCAUUGGCUUGGUGACGCUGGCCCUGCUGGUGGUGCUGUCCUUGGCCAUGGUGGUCUCCGCUGUCACUGCCAGCAAACGGGCGACACAGGGCACCUACAGCCCCAGCCGCCAGGAGAAGGAAGGGUCCCGUGUAGAGAUGUGGAACAUGGUGCAGCCACCACCUGUGGAAAGACUGAUCUAGAAGAAAGCAAAGCCACUCCUCCAUCCUCAGACCUGGCUGAAAGGGGACACUGAACAUAUGUAAGAUAUAUUCAUUUUCCUUCUGAUAAAUAUUACAACAAUUCUUUCAUUGCUUUCCUUUUAAGUUCAGUAGUGAACAAAUGACAUUUAUCAUUGCUGAUGACCAGCCCAUCCAAGGACAAUUUUUAUUUGCACUGGAAACUCCAGCCCUGAUAAUCAGCAGUAGGCAUUAUGGACAGUAAUGGCUCCUGGAAUAAAUGUAACUGCCUGUCCUGGUCACCACACGGAUAACAGCUUCUCCUUUUGCACUCUCCUUUGGCUGCCUAGCAAUCACUGCUGCAGAAGAUGAUGCAGACAAAUCAGCUAAGUCUGUACAAUAAAGACAUUGUAAUUCUUUUAUCAAAGGUUUUAGUACUAGAACUAGAUGCUUCAAGUUUGUUUUUCUUCCUUCUAGUUCUUUUGUUUCACUUGCUGUUCCUCCACCUUCUACUAAAAUGAAAGUGAAAUGAGUUUCAGUUUCCAAAGGAACGUAUUUCUCUUAGGAUAAAAGACUGUGGCAUAAAAUACCCGAUGGGCACAACCUGACCUGUUAGGAGAUAUGAAAUCUAAAUAUCCUAAAUAAGUUGUGUGCAUCCACACUACUGCCUUUUUCCUAUUACAAUAUUACCCAAUCAUCCCUUUUAGAAAAUUAUUGCUUCUCGCAUUGCAAACGUACAUUGGCUGCCAAAAUGAAAGAUGCCAAAAUAAAUGUUUCCUAAAGCUCAUGGAAAAUACCAGGAAAGAGGAAGAAGUGGCCUACAGGUAGAACAUUGGCUUGAAAAUAAUUAGGCCAAACUUGGUGCUUCUCCUGGAACUCAGACUUCUCAUAAGAUCAUGGGCAAAUAAAUUGUUAUGCCUCAAGUUUCUUCUUUUAAAAUAGGGAUAAUCCUAUUUAACUACCUCAUAAACCUCAGCAGCAAAAGGGUUGCUGUGUCAAAAAAGAAACAAAUGCAUGAAAUGUAAUGAAGAAGCUUGGAAGAAAUCUUAUAAUGAAACAGACAAUUACAUAGAUGUAAUAAAAAUCACAUUGACAUGCAAUGCAAUGAAACAAAUAUUUGAUACAAAGAAAUGUUGUAAUGAAAUAGACAUUUGAAAAUGUAAGUUAACAGUUGGAUUCAAUGAUCUUAAAGGUAUUUUCCAGCCUUAAUGAUUGUAUGAUUCUUUGUGCCAAAAAUUUAUUCAAUGUCAAAGGGGUUUUUGGAAUGUAGAGGCAAAAUUUAACUGUAACUCAUGCAGUCAAUUUUCAAAUGUAGUCAAGUAAUUAAAUCACAAACAUUGCUCCCACACAAACUGAAUCCACAAUAAGGAGGCAUCAGAGUGGAAAGGCCAUGAAGGCAUUUCUUUCUGCACUUCAGCUUGCAUGUGCCCACAGCAGUGAAACAUCCCAACAUCAACCCCCAGAUUAUUCCAGGAGUUGCAUAACAGGGUACGCACACUCAGUAUCUAAGAGUUUAACUCAUCUUUUCAAUUAAUGAUCCUUAAUUGAAUAAAUGAUAAUUAAUUCUGGAUGACCCCUUAAGGGAUUACUGAAGAUCAAUGCCACUCACAUUUAUUUUUAUAUUAGAUGAUUAGCAGUAACUAUGAUAGUAAGCACAUUCAGGACUUUUUGCAGUCCUCACCAAUAUCUUUCAAAACAAGGUACUACAGAAAAUGUGAGUGGAUGGUUGGAUUCAAGCUGAGUUGGAAGAAUGUAGUCACAGCAAAAAUGCAUGGCAGAUUUUAUUCCGGCCAAAUUUACAGCUUUACUGAAGCUUAUUAUUUUGAAUGCAACUGCUGUUGUACAGCUGCAGUCUAAAUUCAGAGAGUUCAAAAGAAAACUGAGGAAAUAGUGGAAAAACAAGUUACUAAAAUUAUGAUGAGAGAGAGCAGAAAUUCUUUUCUCCGGAUCUUUUCAAAUCAUGGCUUUUUUUUCCUUUUUGCCUCACUCACAAGAAAGACAAACCAUGUCAAGAAAGUGGCCAAUCUCCACAUGGGAGACUGUGAUAACAAGGGAACAAGCAGUAAGUGAGUGAGGAAGAGAAGGCUGGGAAAAUCUUGGGGACAGCAAGCUCUGAACACCAGGACAAAUCUGGAAGAAUGAAUUAGGCUCAAGCAGCAGAAGCAGCACUGGACUAACAAAGUGGAUGCAAAGAAUAUGCUUCCACACACCUUAUGCUCUCGAUUUCGUGGUCAAUGAGCUCAACUGAGAGAACUGAUAGAGAUCUCAGGGAAUAGCAUAGAUGGAGAAAGAAAAAGAGAAAUCAGCUGAUAUCAGAAAUAGCAGUAGAAUGGUUAUAAUAAAGAUCUAACUUUGAAGUCUGCCUUUAUUUGAGCAGGAGGUUUAACUAGAUGACAUCAGCAGAUCCCUUCCAGGCUUAAUUAUUACCUUAUCCAAGGAAAAAGGACAAAAGGGAGAAAGCAGCUGAAGAUGGAGUCAGUUUGCAAGAACUAACUUGAAGGAAAGCACAAGGAAAGAGUAAGAAUAAGGAAGUAGCUGAAAAGUAAAUCUGCUCUUCUCUAUGGUUUGACUUUCUGGAUGAAAUUUGGGAGACAGUUGAAAAACAAUCUGUAGAGAUGUAAUAAAAUAUUCCAGAAAGUGUUGCCACAGAGAGAAUCUUUAGGGCUGAGCAAGAUACCCAGGAGCGUGUGCAGAGGAAAGAAGAGGCAGAGAAGAUGAAAGCCUGAAGACUUUUCAUACAGACCAAAGAGAGUUCAGGAGGAAUAUGCUCCUAGAGAAUUAAAAAGACAUCCAUAAAAGCACAACAAAGAGAAAAAUCUCACAGUGAAAUACAAGUGUGGUUUGUAGAAAGUAAGUCAAGGAGACAGAAGGCAGGGGAAAAAACCUUUAAACUAAGAUUAGAGUAAGUUGAGAUUGCUGUCAGCCUUGGUGGAGAGGAAGUGAUAAAAGUAAGAGUGGUGGAAAUUCACAGAAAAAUGAGAGAAGAAAAGGAAAUGAAAGUAAAUGGCACUUGAGGGAGGUGGAGGCAAAAGCUGGAUCGCAGCAAGGUGGAAGCUGGACUUUCACUGCAGUGAGGCCAAAAGAAACAGUGGGAGGAUGAUGGUGAGUCAGGAAUUAGAAUUACCUAUUGAAGCAGAUCUUUGUAGGGUAACUCGCAGGGAGCAUGUUUUACUUCAAAUAGGGAUUAAAAUGUGAAAUAUUCAAAACUCUAUGAUCUUAUAAGCAACCAAAAAAAAAAAAAAAAAGAAAAAAAGGCCCAGAAGGCAACAAGUGUCAUUUCCAAACACACUUCCUGAAAAUCUGCAUUAAUGAAGCAACAUCCAAAGGCAGCAGGGAGGUAGAUGCUGCAUCUGGAAAUGCUCAAUUGGCAGCCUGGAGAGGCACAAAAAGUCCCAAAGCUUUCACUUCAUGAACAUGCUAUAGCCACCAUAAUAUGCAUGGUUAGGAAGACUGACCCUUCUGGCCCAUGUCUCAGCCAGGGAACAACAGCUAAAACAGAAUACAUUUUAAAGAGUCUCUAAUAAAAUCCCUGAUGAAAUUUAACCCACAGAUUAAGACUGAGAUAGAAGAUACCAAGGUAUUUUCUGCUUCUCAGCCCAGGGGUUUAAUAGAAUGUAUAGAAGCACAGACAUCCAGGGAGGAGCAAUAACAUCUAGGAGUUGUGGAGAGCAGGUGUGCUGCUAUAAGAAAAAAUAUUGAACUUGGCUUCUGGUUCCCAAAAAAGCACUGGCAACCUCUACUACUCUGGCAGGAUCUCCACAGGAAAGUCUUAAAAUAUUUCAGAAUUCCAUUUGUUUAAUCUCUCUCACUAUUUGACUAAAAAGUUUGAAGUAUAAUAUUUUUCAUGUAUAUAUUAUUCAUCAUCACUUGCAACCUAUCCAUUAAAGGAAAAAAAAAGCUCAAUAUACUCCCAAGCCUUACAUAUUUAACCUUCUCUUCAUGUCGAAUAGCCUUCUACAAACAAAGAGAGGGUGCUAAGUUAGAACAUACAGUCUGCUCUGCACCAAAUCCCUCCAAAGGUACUCAGAGGCAGGGGAAGGAUGAAGCAACUUACCCCCUUUCAUGGUCCAUUCCCUUUUCCUUGGAAAAGGUGGCAUCCAACCUGUGAAACAGUGAGCAUUACCUUGCAUUAUGUGCCUUCUCUGUUUUAUGUAACAUUAACUGUUCCUUCUCUAUAUGUACAUAUGUUCAUAGUUUAGAUGCUGUAUUCAUAUUACUGUUUUGCUCUGUACAGGAUCAAAAUGACCAAUAAAUAAGGAUUAUAUCGAAUCCUAUAUUGUUUUUACUUUAUGGGAUUCUUUCAUCAUGCAAUUACAAAGGAAAUUAUCCCUAGAUCAGAAGUAUAUUUACAGUUUAAGAAGUCAAGUUUGCAAUUAGAAAGCAAGUGAUCAAGAAACAUUUUCCAUGCUUGGGAAUGAGAUGAACAGUGAGGGCUGCCAGCCUCAGCACUGCAAUCUGCACCAUCCUUUGCUGCCCAUCCAGGUUUCUGGCCAGUGAUUAUUUCUGUCAUUGUCUACAUCUGGCUAGUGAUUAUUGUUCCCACAGAUGCUAAUUAAUAAUAAAAUUAAUCUUAUUUACAGUAUUAAAUAAGUAGUUGACACACUUUUAAAUCAUCCAUAAUAAAUACAGUCCCACAGUAGAAAUCUUGUCUCCAGAUAAGAGACAGCAAAGUCUUUUUCCCAGCCCCAAAUGUCUGUACUAUGUUUUAUUUAACAUAAGCCCUAAGUCUCACUUCAGGACAAACCUUUACAUGUGUAAUGUCACAUAACAUUAGGAAUCAUAGAUCAGAGGAUUUUGGCCAAGUUCCUUUUUCCUGUGCUAUUCAAUCACCUCUCAGCUAAAGAAAACUGACACCUCUGAAAACAAUUCAAAAAAAGAGCAUCAGAUUAGGCAUUGUAACUCAAUGAAGUUGAGCAGUGAAUAGCUGACAUCACUAGAAUUUUGCCUAUUGCAAGAUGUCACAGUUGAAUGAAUGGAUGGGGCUUUCAUGCCCCACUGAAGCAUGCACAGCCUUCAAACUACUGGCAUGUGUCAAGAUGCUGCAAAACCUAACAUUUUAAAAGAUACAUCUGGUGUGUAUUUAUUGGGAGCAGAGUGAGGUCUUGUUUAAAUUGCACACAUGAAUUUGAUGUGGAGAGUGGGCAGUAUCCCAAUCCUCACAGUAAAAGCAUGUUUUAACCUAAACUCCUCCAUCUAUAAUGCAUGCCAUGAGGUGUGAAGAUCUCUUGCACAGCAAAAAGCCAGAGCAUAAAUUAUAAAUUAAGGCAUAGGUGAGGUACUGAAGGCCAGGCAGAGGUCUCAAUUAGGUCAUGCUUUUUCUGAGUUUACAUUCUUUCAAAUUAUAUGUAUGUAUAUGUUCAUUGGGUAAAAAUGUAUUGGGAGAUUUUAUAUUGCAACCAAUUUGAGCAACUUUGCUGUUUUUUGACUUGGUUUCACAAAUGUUGCUUUUAAUUUCUGAUUUUAUCAGGCCAUGGCUUUUCCUUCUCCAGAGACAUUUCACAAAGCAAUUCCUUCCCCAACAAUCCAUCUAACAUUGUCAAGCACCACAGAGGCGGGCAUGUCCAAAUCAUGGCUUUAAAUCGUCUUUUCUGAUCAGAGAAAAGCCACACAGGCCUUCAUCUGGUUCCAUGCUCCUCAUGGCACCAUUUGAAGUAUGCCAUUCUCCCCAGCUCAAUAUUGUGUGUGACCUUUCAGGUUCCACCUGUAGUUCCAGCAAAAGUGUGAUUUCCACUGGCAUGUACUGUAAUAACCAGUGCUGACAAAAAUGUGUGUUUCCAAUUUAAACCCACUCAGUUUCACUUGGCACCUGUGCUAACCCUUCUUGGCAGCAGAGAUUCAGCAGGAGCAGCAGCAGGGGAGGAAUGGGAGGGAAGGGUUGUGCAGGGCCAUCCUAAGACAAUGUGACCAUGCUGGCUGUGGCCAUUGUCACCUGUGCCAGCAGCCCCUGCACUGCUGCACGUUUGCAGUGUCCAGGCAGCCAGGCCAUGGGGCAGCCUCAGGCUACAGAACUUUCUGCCCCUCAAAUAAACAACUGAGCGUCUCCCACACAGCUGGCACACAGGAGUUGCAGUGUUAUCCCUAGGUAAGUGCACAGUUGUUAAGCAAAUUAGGGAAGUGUAAAUCUUCAGGAAAGAUGUGAGGAGCAUUUCCAAGUAUUUUUGCUCCAAGGACAGAACAGUUUAAACAAAUAAAUGCAGCCUUAACUGCUUCUGAUCCCUCCUCAGAAAGCAGGGAGAGGAUGCCCAUAUAACAAGCUGUGGGCAUCCAGUGAAACAGGGCACCCUGCCUGUACCACAGCCACUUCAGGACCAGCCAGGAGUGCAGGCUUAUUUUGGAGGAGAAAGCAUCAGGCUCUCCUUCCUGGCUGCCUGCAGCACCACUGUGGGAACAGUUCUUCACACCUUGGCUAGAACAACCUAGAAACACCCACAAACGGAGCAACCUUGACCUAGAUCCCAGUGACAAAGAAGGAAAAAAAGCAAACCAGAAAAGCAACAGUUGCACUGCUCCUGUCCCUCAGGUUCUGGCAGUGCAUACUCCUGUGUCAGUGACUGCAGCUCUUCCAGACAUUUAAACAGUCCCGUGGGCACAAGUGAGGGUCAUUUAAAGCAAACCAACAGUUUGAGACUUUCCAUCUGGAAUGUAUAAAACCUCAGUGCCCAGUUGAACAUGCCUAGUGCCAAGCAUUUUCUUCCAGUGGGAUCCAUGACAGGAUCACAGACAACUGUGAUAAACCUGACCCCAGAGAGAAGGAAGCUCCAGCAGGUUUUUGCUUGAGAAAUUAGCCCAACAGAGAAGAUGCAAAUCUGCCUUUUGUGGUGGCCCAAUGCUGGCACAAAUGAUGAGACCAG